AUGGAGUACUGGCGCUACUCAGCCUCCCAGGCCUUGGAGAGACUCCGGUCUAGCGACCUUACCGUUGAACAGUACGCAUCCUCACUUCUUGAGCGGAUAAAGCAACGCAAUGAAGAUGUUCAAGCCUGGGCGUAUCUUGACUCAAAUGCUAUACUGGAACAAGCUAGAGCAUUGGAUAAAGUUCCCUUUGAACAGAGAGGUGCGUUGCAUGGUCUACCAGUGGGAAUCAAAGACAUUAUCUUGACGAAAGAUAUGCCCACCGAGUAUGGGUCUAGCAUAUAUAAAAGCGAUCAUCCCAGAAUCGACGCUGGAUCGGUAAUGGUUCUUCGACAUGCAGGAUGUCUUAUCUUUGGUAAAACGACAACUACCGAAUUUGCUGCAUCCUUCAUCGGACCAGCCACUCGCAACGCUCACGGCACCACACGUACACCGGGAGGUUCAUCUGCAGGGUCCGGAGCCGCAGUAGCAGAUUUCCAAAUUCCCAUAGCGUUGGGAUCUCAGACAAAAGGUUCCAUCAUCCGACCAGCGUCUUUUAACGGUGUUUAUGGCUUCAAGCCUACCUGGCAUACAAUCACACGUGAGGGUCAGAAGUUCUGUUCCCCUACCGUUGAUACAAUCGGGUUCUUCGCUCGUAGUGUUUCAGACUUUGAGUUGAUCGCUGAUGCAUUUUCUUUGCACGAUGACGAAGACUCUUCGUUCAAGGAACUAGCAGGCUCCAAAUUUGCUGUGUACAAGCCAGUCCAGUGGCAUUUGGCCGGUGAAGGCACUAUCACGGCUAUGGAGAAAGCGGUAGAGUUGCUCAAAGCUCACGGUGCGCAAGUAGAAGAACUCAACCUAGGCCCGGACUUUGAGAAGGUUGUGGAGUGGCACGACAUAAUUGUACGUCUUGAAGGAGCGACAAGUCUCUUGCCUGAAUACAACCAGGCCAGAGAGCAGAUGGACCAGGUACUAGCCAGAGGAGUGGACGAACGAAACAAUAUCUCGCGCAGAUCACAACUUGAUGCAUAUGAUGGGCUCUCGGCCUUGCGACCACAUUUCGAUAAGAUUGCCGAAGAAUACGUAGCAGUUCUAGCGCCGAGUGUACUUGAUGAGGCUCCAGAGGGACUUGGAAACACAGGCAGUCCCAUUUUUGCAUCACCUUGGACUGCCUUACACACACCGGUGGUUAAUAUCCCUGGAUUUCGAGGCAGGAACAAUAUGCCAGUUGGCAUUUCGUUGGUUACAGCGAGACUCCGUGAUCGUCAUCUACUCAAGGUGAGCGAAGUCAUCGGUCGGCUUUUCGAGAAAGAAGGGGGAUGGAUUCCCAAGUUUUGA